AUGGCAAUGCCAUGGAGCGUGACUGUUUGGAUGGCGGAGAUAGUCUGGAUUGUUCUCACCGGCUGGGUCUCCUCUUGCUUGACUGUUGCUGAUGAGCUCGCCUCCUCCAUCAGAACCGGAGACAUCGGCCCUUUCAAUGUCGGCUGAUAUUCACUCUACCCGAAAACCCUUCCGAUCAUUGCCUUAUGUAAGCUUAUUUCUCUUGUAGAUUUCUGUCUUCCGUUGUUGUUGGGUAUUUCAUCUUAAUUAGAGAAUCGUUAAGAAAGACCAAUAGGCAUGCGUGGCUUAGCCACCAAAUUACAGUCCUUGUGUUUGAGCUCCACCAGUAAAAUCUUUCGUUUUCGAUUGUCAAGAGUUCAUAGGAUUGAUAACUUUGCAACGCUCACUAAACUAUCUAAGCCCAAGAAAGCCCAGUUGAAACAAGUAGAAGAAGCAAGCUCGUUUGGAUUGCUGUUCAGUGAAAUAACUCAGAUUUUAGGGGCUGAAAAUGUCACUGCAGAUAAAACCCCAUCUGGGUUU